GAAAAAUCACAAUUAUAAACAAUAAAGACAAGCACCGGAGUGUCUGGAGUUUAAGACACACAAAAACGAGAGCCUUUAGAGCGGUGCGAUGGAGGAUGGGAAGCCGGUGUGGGCGCCCCACCCAGCGGACGGGUUCCAGCUGGGAACCAUAGUGGACAUCGGAGCUGACAGCCUCACUAUCGAACCUCUCAAGCAGAAGGGAAAGACAUUUUUGGCUCCUGUCAACCAGGUCUUCCCUGCAGAGGAUGAUGUCAACAAACAUGUGGAGGAUAACUGUUCUUUGAUGUACUUGAAUGAAGCCACUCUGCUCAACAAUGUUCGAGUGAGAUACAGCAAAGACAAGAUUUAUACAUUUGUAGCCAACAUCCUGAUUGCCGUGAACCCGUACUAUGACAUCCCAAAGCUUUACGCGCCGGACACCAUCAAGCAGUACCGAGGCCGGUCCCUGGGCACGCUGCCGCCGCACGUCUACGCCAUCGCUGAUAAGGCGUACCGGGACAUGAAGGUCCUGAAGAUGAGCCAGUCCAUCAUUGUCUCAGGGGAGUCUGGAGCCGGGAAGACUGAAAACACCAAGUUUGUGCUCAGAUACUUGACAACCUCGUAUGGAACAGGUCAGGACAUUGACGAGAGAAUAGUAGAAGCAAACCCUUUGUUGGAAGCUUUCGGAAACGCGAAAACGGUCCGGAACAACAACAGCAGUCGCUUCGGAAAGUUUGUGGAAAUCCACUUCAAUGAGAAGAACACCGUGGUGGGCGGCUUCGUCUCUCACUACCUGCUGGAGAAGUCGAGGAUCUGCAGGCAGAGCUCAGAGGAGAGAAACUACCACAUCUUCUACCGACUGUGUGCCGGAGCCUCCGAGGACAUCAGGCAGAAGUUCCACCUCAGCCCCCCGGACACGUUCAGGUACUUGAACAGAGGAUGCACUCGGUUCUUCGCCUCCAAAGACACAGACAAACAGAUCUUGCAGAAUCGGAAGAGCGCAGAGCACAUGAAGGCGGGCCCUCUGAAGGACCCGCUGCUGGACGACCAAGGCGACUUCAACCGCAUGAGCGUAGCCAUGAAGAAGAUCGGCCUGGACGACACGGAGAAGCUGGACUUGUUCAGGGUGGUGGCCGGCGUGCUGCACCUCGGAAACAUCGACUUCGAGGAGGCUGGAAGCACCUCAGGCGGCUGCGCCAUCAAGAACCAGUCGAGUCAGACGGUGGAGCACUGCGCUGAGCUGCUGGGCCUGGAGGAGGAGGACCUGAGAGUCAGCCUCACCACAAGGGUCAUGCUCACAACAGCAGGGGGCGUCAAAGGAACAGUCAUCAAAGUGCCACUCAAAGUCGAGCAGGCUAACAACGCUAGGGACGCCUUGGCGAAGGCCGUGUACAGCCGCCUGUUCGACCACGUUGUGACCAGAGUCAACCAGUGCUUCCCCUUCGAAUCCUCCGCCAACUUUAUCGGCGUCCUGGACAUCGCUGGCUUUGAGUACUUUGAGCACAACAGCUUCGAGCAGUUCUGCAUCAACUACUGUAAUGAGAAACUGCAGCAGUUCUUCAAUGAGCGCAUCCUGAAAGAGGAGCAAGAGCUGUACCAGAGGGAGGGGCUCGGAGUCAACGAGGUUCACUAUGUCGACAAUCAGGACUGCAUAGACCUGGUGGAGUCGAAGAUGGUCGGCAUCCUGGACAUCCUGGACGAAGAGAACCGUCUACCUCAACCCAGCGAUCAGCACUUUACCGACACUGUUCACAACAAACACAAGGACCACUUCCGCCUGACUGUACCCAGGAAGUCUAAGCUGGCUGUCCACAGGAACGUGAGGGAUGAUGAAGGAUUUAUUAUCAGACACUUUGCAGGAGCCGUUUGCUACGAGACGACCAAGUUUGUGGAGAAGAACAACGACGCCCUGCACAUGUCUCUGGAGUGUCUGGUCAGCGAGUCCAAGGACCGCUUCAUCCGCCAACUCUUUGAAAACUCCAACAACAGCAAAGAUGUGAAGCAAAAGGCGGGAAAACUCAGCUUCAUCAGCGUCGGCAACAAGUUCAAGACUCAGCUGAAUAUUCUUCUGGAGAAGCUCCGCAGUACGGGCUCCAGUUUCAUCCGCUGCAUUAAGCCCAACCUGAAGAUGAUCAGCCACCAGUUUGAAGGAGCUCAGAUUCUCUCCCAGCUGCAGUGCUCAGGUAUGGUGUCAGUGCUGGACUUGAUGCAGGGCGGCUUCCCCUCCAGAGCUCCCUUCCAUGAACUCUACAACAUGUAUGAGAAGUACAUGCCUCCCAAACUCACUCGCCUGGACCCGCGCCUCUUCUGCAAGGCUUUAUUUAAAGCUCUGGGACUAAAUGAGAAUGACUACAAGUUCGGCCUGACAAGAGUUUUUUUCCGGCCCGGGAAGUUCGCAGAGUUUGACCAGAUCAUGAAGUCGGACCCGGACCACCUGGCCGAGCUGGUGAAGAAGGUCAAUAAGUGGCUCAUCCACAGCCGCUGGAAGAAGGUCCAGUGGUGCGCGCUGUCCGUCAUCAAACUGAAGAACAAGAUCUUGUACCGGACCAGCGCCUGUAUCAAGAUGCAGAAGACGGUUCGGAUGUGGCUCUGCAAGAGGAAGCACAAACCUCGAAUCGACGGCUUGGUGAAGGUGCGUAAGCUGAAGAUGAGGAUCGACCGCUUCAACGAGGUGGUGGCCGGGCUGAAGGAGGGCAAACAGGAGAUGAGCAAGCAGGUCCAGGAUCUGGACGGCGCUAUCAAUGCCCUGAUGAUCAAAAUCAAGAAUACCAUCAUGUCCCGCCUCGACAUCGACCACGAGAACCAGGCUCUGGUGACCCGGUCGGAGCAGCUGCUGACCGCCAUGCAGAACAAGAAGAAGGAGGAGGAGGAGCGGGAACGGCUGCGACGCAUCCAGGAGGAGAUGGAGAGAGAGAAGAAGAGGAGGGAGGAGGAAGAACAGCAGCGCAAGCAGGAUGAAGAGGACAGGCGUCUGAAAGCAGAGAUGGAGCUGAAGAGGAAGCACGAAGAGGAGGAGAGGAAGCGGAGGGAGGAGGAGGAGAGGAAGAUGCAGGUGGAGAUGGAACUGCAGCUGCAGGCAGAACGGGAGGAGGAGGCGUCUCGGCAGACCGUCCUGGAGCAGGAGAGGAGGGACCGGGAGCUGGCGCUUAGGAUUGCCCAGAGCGAGUCAGAGCUCAUCCCCGAAGAGGUUCAGAUCGACACGGGCCUGCGCAGUAACGGCUCCUCAGUUCCAUCGUCCCCAGAGAGAGCAGUCACUGCUGGAACCACACAGCUCAAGAGCUUGACCAUGGAAGAAAUGGCGCUGGAAAUGACUGAACUUCUGGCUAGAGGUCCACAGGUCCAGGCUUCCAAAGCUGCUGCUGGCGCCAAGAAGUACGAGCUGAGCAAGUGGAAGUACGCCGAGCUUCGGGACGCCAUCAAUACCUCAUGUGAUAUCGAGCUGCUGGCUGCCUGCAGGGAGGAGUUCCACCGCCGGCUCAAGGUUUACCACGCCUGGAAGUCAAAGAACAAGAAGAGGAACACGGAGACAGAUCACCGGGCGCCCAAAUCUGUCAUAGACUAUGAUCAUGCGCCUCCUGUGAAAAAAGCAUCCCAGCAGAACCCAGCCCCGCCUAUACCGGCCCGGCAGUACGAGGUGGCCAUGAACCGGCAGCAGCGCUACUUCCGCAUCCCGUUCAUCCGCCCGGGCGACCAGUACAAAGACCCUCAGGGCAAGAAGAAGGGCUGGUGGUACGCUCACUUCGAUGGGCCCUGGAUCGCCAGGCAGAUGGAGCUGCAUCCCGAUAAACACCCCAUCCUGCUGGUGGCAGGAAAGGAUGAUAUGGAGAUGUGCGAGCUGAGCCUGGAGGAGACGGGCCUGUCGAGGAAGAGGGGAGCCGAGAUCCUUCCCCGCCAGUUCGAGGAGAUCUGGGAGCGCUGCGGCGGCAUCCAGUACCUCCGCAGCGCCAUCGAGAGCCGGCAGGCGCGACCCACCUACGCCACGGCCAUGCUGCAGAGCAUGUUAAAGUGAGGGGGGGCCGGGGUCGGGGCCCUCUCACUGCAAACAAAGGGACGAAUGCACCAGCUACCUAACACAGAUGGCGUCUGAGCACACUGCACCAGGUUCUGACUGUAGGGCAUUCACGUGAACAGUGAUUUUUUUUUUUUUCUUUCUCUCAAUUGUCCUUUUGUUUUUCUUUUUUCUUUUGUUUUGUUCUUGCUGGCUUUCAGUUCCUCAAAGGGGAGUGAGGGGAGGGAAGUUUUGCAUUGAACCCUAUGCAGAAAAAUCAUAGUAAAUGAUUAUUUUCAGUUGUUUUCCAAGGAAUUCUGUUCUCUGUAAUAUUUCUGCACGUCUAACUACGAGGCCUUAAUACUACUUUAACAGGGUUUAAUUGCCGUAAGUAGGACACUUCUUUUUUUUUUUUCUUUUGGUGUUCAAAGCUGCCUCCCCAAACAAGAAACCUUUUAAUUCCUCUGUAAUUAUGCAUUCCUGAUUAUCAUUAUUAUUAUUAUUAUUAUUACACUGAAGUCUCACUGGUGUGUCGCUUCCAUCUUAACAGCUAGCUGGUGAUCCCUUCUCUGACUUAAAAACCUGCUGUUUACAUUGUCUUCAUGUGGUUCUUACAGGGCAAAAAAAAAACUUGCACAAAGGAGUUCAGCUCUCACCGUGAGGCAGUGCUGCAUGAGUGUCAGAUUAUUCCUCGUGACUGCACUCGUAAAUUCAGUCAAAUAUUUGCUAAUACUUCCUUUUUAUUUUUAUUUGACCUUUUUGUCUUUUUCGAACCGAAUGUAACUUGAGACCUCGUUGAUUUGUUCAUGUAGUGAUUCCUCUUUUUUCUCUUCAUUCUGUGUGAUUUAAAUGUGUAAAAGCUAAUGAGAAAGGUCCAAAAAAUGUUUUUGAAGUUGAGACCAAACAUGGCUCCAUUAAACCGUCGUUGGGGUUUGUUGUUUUUCUUUUUUUUUUCUUUUUGGUGGCCAGAGAAGUAAUUCAGCUCCAUGAUUAGUUUUUUUUUUGUCAAAUGCAGAAAAUGUGAAUUAAUUAUGCAACAGCUGAGAUGCACCCUCCUAUGCGGGAUGUUUGAGAAGCAGAUCAGCACUGCAAAAAAAAAAAAUACCUGCAACAAGUCAUUCACAACAUCUUUUUAGGUUUCAAAUUUGAUCUGUUUACACGAGGAAGCAUCAUUUUGCCAACGCAGUGACUCAGAGGGCAGUUUCACAUGUUUUCACUGAUGAUAACUUGAAAAAAUUAAAUCACUCCAUUCGGCUGUUUUGAUGAAUAAAAUCAUUUGAUUCCAGAAAAAAUGUUGAAAAAAUGUGUAUUAUCUCUUGUGAAAUUCAUUCAGUUUGGGAUUUCUUUUCUGCUGUGUGAGAGCUUGUCGGGCACAUUGUUAACUUUGUACUGGUACUCAUCAUUGAACUGGAACCUGAAUAUUUUCUAUACAUCAAAGUACAGUAUGUGCAAGCCAACAUCGAUGCUCAAACUGGAAUGUAAAAGUUUAUUUUUUGAAAGAAACAGUUUCUACUUCAGUGGCUCGAAACAUGUGUGAGAUUAAGAGAAGCAAUAAAUAACGCUAACUAAGCUAAAAACGACCGCCGGCCUCCUUCGCCUUGUACAUAAGAAAAAAUCUCAAGACAAUCUGUUAUGACGUUAACACCUGCUCUGUUCACCUGGAGGCUGCUGAGUUUGUUCCUACGCUUUCUAUUUCCUGUGACGCUCUGCACAACACAAAAGGUGACUUGGAUUGUCUGAAAGCAUGAAUACCUGUCUUGCCGCAAAGUAGCUUAUCCCCUUUACAAGUGGCAUUAACAUGCAGGAAAGCAGGCUUAAAAAAAAAAAUCAAUGAACGGAUGCACCCGAGAUACACUGAAGGGUCUGAUAGUCCUGCAAACAGUCACAGCAAAGAUAGAAAGCUUUGUUUGGGGCAAUCUGCAGGUCAAUAAGAGGUCCAGAUGAUUAAAAGUGAGCUAAAUAUGACAGGAAAGGAGCUUUUUAAGCAUUUAGAUCUUCAUCUUCAUCAUCUUCAACACAGUCUGAUAGCUAUACUUCAAUAUGAAGAAGACUCUGCAUGUGUAACUGCAACCAAAAGCAUGUUUUUAAGGCUUCAGUCACUGAUUUCUAUUUAGUUGUAAACACCAUUUAAACAUCUCAGAGUACGUAAGGCUGAACGUGUAGUGAGACCUGAAGAAAGAACUUCACAUAGUUGUCCAACUUCAUUAAUUAUGCAAAUCUGAGAAGUUCUUAACUGUUUGUAGUAAAACUAAUUUUCAGUGUUGAAACUAAAGGACUAAGCCAUUAGCGUGUUUUUACAGCUUGCAUUAGCUUUGCUGAAGACCACUGACACAUUUUAACACUUUAUCUGACAAACAGCUUUUUAUUUCCUCACCUCAACAGGACAUCUGUUCCUUUUCAUGCUGGUUUUCUUUGGAUUUGCUGUUUUCUGCUCUUGCUGCCACUACAGUACCUCUCAAAUAAUUACAGUUCAGGGACACUGAAGUAAGAAAAAACAAUUACUUUCAAAGAUUUGAACAUUUUUAAACCUGAUUUCACUGAUUGAUUGAUUUGAUUGUGAUUGCUUGUGAAGUGUAAAUCGAGUGUUCCCCAAAUACACCAACAAAACGUACAAAAAGUGAAAUUAAGUUUGAUUUACGCUGUCAGGAAAAUCAUGAAAAAUCAAGCAAGACCAAAAUGAAGAAGUCUGGAUGUGACUUGUUUGAACUCUGUAUGGAUGCAUGUUAAUGCCAUGUGUGAAGAGCUUUGCCCAUGAUUAAGACCUUGGUACUUGUUUUAACAUCGGAUCGAUGGCCGUGUGUUGAAGAACAUGUCCUGCGUUUGCUUCCAUCUGUUUUCUCUCCCACACACUACAAUCAUUCCUCGGGAAGCACUGCCUUUCUCCACUGUCAUUUUUCUAACGCUGAUCUCUCUAACAGAUGAAUAAAUGCAUUCCAUGUUUCACUCACCUCCUCUGCUCUUUCUUUGACUUCAUUUGUGAACAAAAUCAGAAUUUCUGCAAAAAGUAUGUUUUAAAAAUGAAGAACAUUGCUUUGUCUUAUUCAACACAGUUUGUAUUUGCUAUCAAUCAUGAAA